AUGUGGCGGUUGCGCUGGCAGACGUUAGGCCUCGCGGCUGUGAGUCUCGGCUUGGCUUUGGAAACACUGGGCUUCCUGGUCGGUUGGUUGAGGCAGCAACGGCGACGGCGGCAUCGCCCCCCGCGGCGAGAGGUGCUCUUCUUCCCCUCACAGGUGACCUGUACCGAGGCCCUGCUGCAGGCCCAGCGGCAGGGAGGCCCUCAGGGGGCGGCGCCGGCGCCCACAGCUGCUGGGCCCGACUGCCGGAGGUCGCCUGGGGCGACGGCGGGCGCGGCCGCCUCGGCCGCGGUCGCUGCGGCCCAGACUACAGCGUCGUCGGCGGCCUCGAGCUGCCUAUGCCCGCUCCCGCACGGGGAGAGCUCCCUGAGCCGCCUCCUGCAGUACGUGUUGUCAGCCCGCAGCAGCCUCGAGCUCUGCCUAUUCGCCUUCUCCAACCCGCAGCUGGGCCGCGCCGUGCAUUUGCUGCACCAGCAGGGCGUCCGCAUCCGCGUGGUCACCGAUUGCGACUACAUGGCCCUCAACGGCUCUCAGAUCGGCCGCCUCCGCAAAGCUGGUAUCCAGGUACGACAUGAUCAAGGUGCUGGUUACAUGCAUCACAAAUUUGCUAUUGUGGAUAAGAAGAUGCUUAUUACUGGCUCUCUCAACUGGACCACACAAGCUAUUCAGAACAAUAGAGAGAAUGUUUUAAUUGUUGAGGAUGAAGAGUAUGUGAGACUUUUCUUGGAAGAAUUUGAACGUAUUUGGGAGGAGUUCAACCCUGUAAACUAUACUUUUUUCCCUCAGAGAAAGUGA